UCUCGGGCUGCUGAACCGACGAGCACAUAUAUAUGAGCAUCAAGUCCAGCUUUCAUAUUUGCCUUCCUUCUUUCUUGUUUCCUCAUCUCUGUUUGGUCACGACUCACGACAUCUGAGACCUUUGCAUAACUGCUUCUCCGUCUAGCAGUUGCUUUUCAUUUGGCGUGACGAAUUUCGCUUUUGGUUUUCCCGUCUUCUUUUUUUUGUUUCCUGUUUUCCGAAAUUACGGCCGUUGAUACCCCCUCACAAUGUCUCCCGCACUUUUUGAGUCUCACCGGAGAACCCCCUCUGGUCAAGACCCCGAACGUCGCAAGUCUGGAAGUGGUUUUCUCUUCCUCAACAACCGCUUCAAGAGAGCCCCUACUACAAAGACCACCAACGAAAAUGCUACCUCCAGCCCUCCUACUCCGACUUUCGGCCCCGUCAAAGAUGGCUACUUCAUGAAGCGAUCCGAUUCCUCUCAGAGUAUCCCCGCUCUGGUUCAAUCAAACAAUGGCGAUGAGGUGCGGAGACCCAUGACCGCUAUGCCCGGCCGUGAAAAGUCCUUCCUUGGCACCAAGGAGCCCGCUGUCCCCGCCGUUCCCUCUAUCCCUGACGAGAAAGUCAAGCCCACGACCGUCCCCGAGGGAAAGGAGGAGAACACCCCCUCAGCCCCUGCCACCACCGAGGCCGAGUCCGCGAAGCCCAAGGCCGUGUCGGUAGCCGAGACUGCUAAGACGGCCGAGGACGACGCCGACGAGUCCUCUUCCGAGGAUGAGGAAGAAGAUGAGGAGAAGAAUAAGACCGAGGCACAGGAGCCGCAGGGUGCCCAGCUGGCAACUCGCGUCGCCAUCCUCCCUCCCCGCCCUGCUACCCCCGAAGCCGACAAAAGGAUCUCCUACCAUGAGGAUGCCGACCUUCACGUCAAGGUCCGCGAGUCAAACGGCUCCCUCGUCGUGUACUCCGUCCGCUCCGCCGCUCUCGCAUCCGCCUCCCGCGUCUGGAAGGAGUUGCUCGCCAACAACACCUCCGGCGUGAUUGAGCUGCAGUCCCCCGCUGACACAGCCAGCGGUCUUGACGUGCUUUUCUCCAUCGCCCACUUCAAGUUCCACGAGCUCCCCGCCAUGCCCAACGUCGGUGACCUGUACGACCUGGCCCUUGCUUCCGACAAGUACGCCGCCAGCCACCUGCUCGUCCCCUUCAUGAACGACUGGGUCAUCGCCCUGAACCGCCACGUCCUUAUGGCCGGCGCCCGCAACGACGAGGAUAAGACUCUCGUCCUCAGCUGGGUCUUUGGCGAGGCCCGGUGGUUCAGCCGCGUGUUGGCCAAGGCGGCUUACAAGUCCCGCAUCGGCCCCGACGGAGCCCUCCAGGACUCCAAGGGCCGCCCCUGGAAGGACCAGCCCAUCUCGGACGAGGUCAUCCGCAUGCUCACUACCACUCGCGCCGAGGCCAUUGACAGAAUUAUCAAGGCUGUCAGCAACCCCGUCCACCGCCUCCUGAACCCCUCCUGCUACCCCGGCGAGGAGAUCAGCUACUGCCACGCCGGUACCGAGGACGGUACCGCGGAAGACUGCGAGCAGCUCCUUCUCGGAUCCGCCAUUAUGGGCCUGACAAAGUCCAAACUGUGGCCCCCUCCCGAGCCCGCGAAGAUCAAGGUCAGCGCCGUCGACCUCGCCAGGGCCUACGGUGAAGUCCGCAUCCGUCGCUACCAGACCCCCGGUCUGCGCUUCAGGGACAGCUCCGCCGAGGGCGCGCCCGUGGAUGACCCUCACGCCAAGUGCGGUUUCGGUCACCGCGAGGUUAUUGAGAAGAUCCUCAACACACCUGCUAAGAUGGCGUCCAGCGUUGUUGGCCAGCUGAUUACGAGGGCCAAAAAGUCUGGUGCGUUUGGUGAGGAGCUUUUUGCCGACCUGAAGGAGUACGUGCAGGAUGGCGGUGCUGCUGUUGAGGGUGAGGAUCUUAAGAGCGAUCCCCUUCACUACAAGCAGGUCCGCGUUAGGGCCAAUGGUGUUGCCGAGAACAAGACCCCGGCUGAUGAUGAUGACGAUGAGGACGACGAUGAUUCCAGCUCCGAGAGCGACGAGGAGUAAAGGUCUUCUUACGUGAGAUGAAGCCUGUCGGUGGGAAUCUGUGAUAAAAGUUUUACGUAUUAUGGUUUUGUCCUUCUAUGAUGUCUCCAAGCAUGAUUCAUUACGAACAAUACCCUUAGAAUGUGUCUAGAUCUAAUUAUAUAUGUCUCCUUUGUUCAAUCAAUUGCAAUGGUCACUUUCAGACCUGUCCCAAUGCACGUCUUGCUAUCUCAUAGUUUCCAUUGCCGGGUCCGCAUCACUCUCUAGAC